CCUCUGCAGUCUGCGUCUAGCCGCUGCAGGUGGCCGCGCGUGCACUCAACCGCUAUCGCUGUUGCCCACAUAUCAUCCGUUUGCACCAAAUAAGCUGUCGCAAAAGUGCUGGGAGCAACAAGCAUGAUCAGACGACGAGCCGCGCUCCUCCUCGCCGCGGCGGCGUCCGUCGCGGGCUUCACGCCGGCCAGGCCCCUCCCCGCGGCGGCGCGCGUGCACGCUGACAAGCCGAGGCAGUCCGUCGUGAUGAUGCCCAUCGGCGUGCCGAAGGUCGCGUACCGCGUGCCGGGCGCGCCGUCGGCCGACUGGAUCGACAUCUACAACCGGUUGUAUCGGGAGCGCAUCAUUUUCCUGGGCCAGGAAAUUGAUGAUGAACUGGCGAACCAGAUCAUUGGGGUCAUGCUGUACCUCGACAGCGAAGAUUCGACGAAGCCGAUCUACCUGUACAUCAACUGCCCCGGCGGGAGCGUCAUCGCUGGGUUAGCGAUUUUUGAUACGAUGAACCACAUCAAGUCGCGGGUCGUGACGAUCAACGUCGGGUUAUCCGCCUCGAUGGCUUCCUUCCUCUUAUGUGGUGGUACCAAAGGAUCUCGUUUAGCACUACCGAACAGCCGAGUCAUGAUCCACCAGCCCAUGGGCGGCGCCCAGGGCCAGGCCGAGGACAUCAAAGUAGAAGCGGCCCAGAUCGUGCGCAUCAAGGAGAACCUCGUCAAGCUCUACUCGAUGAUGACGGGCCAGACGACGGACCAGAUCAUCAAGGAUUUGGACCGGGACAACUUCAUGAGCGCGCAGGAGGCGUGCAGCUAUGGCAUCGUCGACAAGGUCAUCGACGUGGACUACACGAAGUAGGUGGGCGUAAGUACUAGUAUACAAC